GACUAACUCAUUUCUAUGCCUCUCAUUCGGUCCAUAGAGCAGAACCGCCUCCCCAGCUGUUGCCAUGACAACAGCGAAACGAUCCCGGCGCAUUCCCCGUUGUCUGGCCCGCGGUUACCAGGCAACAGCUACACAAAUCCAGGAAAACAUCCGGAGGAGACCAUCGAUCGUCUCUCCGAUCGGCCGAACGUGGAGCAAACUGCAGGACGAGUUUCCUCAUCAGAACUCCUGGACGGUACAUCCACUGACACCAUGACGACUUGCUCACUUCCGGUGUUAAUAGACGGCAGCGGUUCUCGACCAAAAGUCAAAGUGGAAAACGGAAUAAGAAAGGUUUUUGUAACACAGUCGGACGACAACAGUCACAGACAGAAAGAACAUGUGAGCCAGACACCUGCAGCAACAGAGACUUCAAGGAGACUUCGAGAGGUAGGAGUGCAUACUUUGCAAAGGAGCCUGGUUCUGAAGAAACAGGCAGAGAUGAGUGAAGUGGACAAGCGGCUUGCACUCAAACGGCAAGAGUUUAAGGAGAGUGUGGAGGCUAUGGCUCAGAGAAGGUCUGAGCUGGAGGAAAAACAACAGCAGACUAAAGAAAAAGUGAUGAAAUUUGAGAAGUUUGUGGCUGAAAAUGAACUGAAACGACGUCAAAUGCUGAAGACGUGUGAAGCAACACGGGAGCAGAACAUUUUGAAAAAAAGAGAGAUAGAAGAUUUGACAGAACAACUGAAACAACUUAGAGCCAGAAAGCAAGUAUUAAAGGAGAGAAUGACAAAAUACAAAAUCUAUGAGGACUACCUGAUGAAAACACUAGAAAACUUCCCAGGCCAUUACCUUGAUAACGGGUCUGAAUCUCUGGUGAUGCCCAUCAUCCGCCGCCAUGAGACCCUGUCCAUCACCCACCAGGAGCUGCUGCAGCGUCUGGGCCGGAUGGAGGAGCAGGUGGAGCAGGGCCACCGCCUGCUGCAGAACAUGAAGCAGGAGCACAGCAUAAAGAAGCUGAUGGCCAGCAAAGAAGUGUCUGAACUCCAGAGUGAGUUAGAAACCCUGAAGGAGAAGAACAAGCAGACAGAGGUUAACUUACAGAUGGAGCAGGGCCUAUCCAGAGAGAAGAUUGAGGAAGUGGGCAGAUUACUUAUGGCCAUCAACAACCUUGCAGAACAGUGUUAUAUACCAACAUAUGGACCACUGGAGAGCAUGAAUGUGUUGACAAUGAUGGACAUGGUGAAGGAGUGCAUUCUGGACAAGGCGGACACACAGAGGAGAGUGAGGAGGCUGAUGGAGUCGGGUUCUGCAAUGACAAGUACGACAGCUGCGACAGACAAAAGAGGAAGAGGACCUUUGAAAACCAUCAGAAGUAAAACACAAAUCAAAAGUUCAAGCAAAGUCAGUGGAAAGAGUGAGACAUUUAGCUGA